AUGAAGUCUGAAUCUUGGACAUGCGCAGGCCUCAGGACCUCUAUUGUUUUGGCUACCUUUCUAGCAGGUGCACUGGCUCAAAACAAUAGUUCAACUGUUCCAGUUAGCCUGAAAGUUGCAACGGAGGGUGGUAAUAAGUCGAGUCCGAUUCUCUAUGGGGUUAUGUUCGAGGAAAUGGAUCAUUCUGGUGAUGGUGGAAUUCACGGACAACUGCUGCAGAACAAUGGAUUCCAAGGAACUAGUCUCGGUUUGACUGCCUACGCUCCGGUGGGAGAUGCCAUAAUCUCCCAAGAUGACUCAAAGCCCGUCAGCAAAGCAAUUACCUCCUCGCUCAAUGUUGCAGUACCAGAUGGGGUCACAGACUAUGUUGGCUUCGCCAAUACCGGUUAUAACGGAAUCCCAAUUACGGGUGCCACAUACAACAGUUCAUUCUGGAUGAUGGGCAACUACUCGGGAACUAUCAACCUACAGCUUGUUGGGUCGCACAGUGGCUCGAUAUAUGCCGAUCACAAUUUGACCGUCAAGAGUACGGAUUCAAAAUUCACAGAGUUCAAAACUCGGUUCAACACCACUUAUGCACCCAAAGGGGAUAAUGAGUGGCAUUUGACAUUUGAUGGAUCAAAAGUCGCUGGCAGCUCGUUAAACUUUGGCCUAAUCCAGCUAUUUCCUCCUACUUUCAAAGGAAGAGCAAAUGGGCUGCGAGAUGACCUUGCAUUGUUUCUGGAUGAAGUCAAUCCAGCGUUCCUCCGGUUUCCGGGUGGGAACAACCUCGAAGGCUUGGAGGUGGACAGUCGCUGGAAAUGGAACACCACGAUCGGACCAGUGGUUCACCGUCCAGGAAGAGAAAGUGACUGGUUUUACCCCAACACAGAUGCCCUUGGCCUGGAUGAGUAUCUGUGGUGGUGUGAAGACAUGAACAUGGCGCCACUCCUGGCCGUGUGGUCAGGCAAGUCCUAUGGAGACAUUCUCUCCGGCCCGGACCUCGAACCUUUUAUCGAAGAUAUCAUGAAUGAGAUGGAAUACCUUUUUGGCAACUCCUCGACACAUUAUGGCAAAAUGCGAGCCCAGAAUGGCCGGAAAGAUCCAUGGAAGGUUGACCUUAUCGAGAUUGGCAACGAAGAUGACCUCACUGGAGGCUGUGACACCUAUCCGGAUCGUUUCAAUCAGAUAUAUAAGGCUAUCCAUGACAAGUACCCGAACAUCACGUUUGUUGCCUCUCAUGGGAACUAUUCGUGUCUACCAUCUCCGCUUCCCAAAGAUGUCAUCAUUGACCUGCAUCUGUACCGAGCACCAGACGACUUUGUCAAACUAUUCGACCAGUUUGAUAACCAGCCGCGCAACCAAUCAGUGAUGAUUGGUGAGUUUGGAUGUCGCAAUACUACAGAAGAGACAGGGACAUACUGGCCGUACAUGCAGGGCAGCUGCAGUGAGGCCGUGUACAUGAUCGGAAUGGAGCGCAACAGUGACAUUGUUAAGAUGGUAGCUUAUGCACCCUUGAUGCAACACUUUGAUUUUGUUUCUUGGUCGCCCACCCUAUAUGGUUUCAAUUCGGCUCCCGAUUCUGUCACACCUUCGGUCUCAUAUUUUGUUCAAAAGAUGUUCGCAUCCAAUAAGGGUGAUACCAUUCUUCCUGUUCACUCAUCAGCAGGAUUUGGGCCUCUCUAUUGGGUGGCUUCGAAGACAGGCCCACAAUACUACUUGAAACUGGCAAAUUAUGGCCCCAAACACCAGAACGUGAAAGUGAGUAUACCGGGGACCAAAAGUGGUAAGAUAGAGAUACUUGCUGGCCCAAAGUACCAGGGCGACACGCCUUAUAAUGUUCAAAUUCAAACUGUCACCACCAGCGUCUUCAAUGGGCAAGGAAAUUAUUCAAUCAGCAUGGAACCCUGGGCUGUUGCUGUGCUGGCAGUCUCAUGA